GUACGGACGCAAAGUCGAGUGCGGUCCUCGAAGACUCUGCCAUCAGCAGAAGAAAUACCACCCAAGUUGAGAGAGCAGCUCGUACUCUAGUGUAGACCACCGAACCGAUCACUGCUGUGCUGCUGCCAAGCUAAAAGCUCACGACAGCCGUGCAAAUUGUUGGCAAGUUUCGUGAGGUUGGUUUUAUUUGCUUUCCUAUCGGGUGACUACGACGAUCAACUGGUGAUCGAGUGUAUGUUAAGCUGGAAUAUUGUUUCGAAAUAGUAACAAUCUUUCGAACGUCGAAAUAGUGAUUAGUACAAUGUUACACGAAAAGGUUGAUCGGUUUUCCGUCUGAAGUGUGCAAAGUCGGCCGGGAACGACGAGGAAUUUAGUCCUUGAAGCCCAAUCAGCGAGUGAUAUGUGAGCAAGCAAAGCGAAAUUAAGAUGUCAUGAAAACAUAACUUCGGUUCAGUGCAAAAUCUCUUUACGGGCUGGUCAUUUUUAGCUAAAAGUCGACCCACAGUGCAGCUCGGUAGGCAAAACAAGGAUCAUUCUCGGAAACGUGCUGUGAUCCGAAACCCUUGAUCCUCAUAUAUGCUGCAUAUAUGUACGUGUUUAUAUUUCUUAACAAAAAAAAAGAAAAACCCAUCAGAAAGAGCGCGGUACGAAACGCAGUGAAGGGCACAGGGAAGCUAGCUGUGGAAGAGCCGAAAAAUUGAAGUAACGAAGAGAAGGUCUCAAAACUAGAAAUAGUGUUAAAGUGAGGCACGUGUGUGGGAGUAAAAGUUUGAUGUUUUUUCCUACCGAUUUAUGCUGCCGCUUUCCGAACGAAGGGGGAAAAUGUUCGGCUGCAGUUCCGCAGCAUGAUGAUGAUGAUGAUUGUGAGAAGGGAAAAAAUCAAAAUAAAUGAAUGGAAAUAAACCGAAUAGUGACAACAAUACAGUCAGUCAAAAAAUGAAGAAUUCAUACGGUCUAGUGUAAGGUUUAUGGAGUGAUUAUUCGGAAAGGAAGUCCGAGAAAAAAAAUUAUUUAACGUAAACAGCACUAGUAACUUCGAAGCGAAAUCAGUGACCGCGUGCGGCGACGUCAGCAAAACAUAUUUACACGAAAAGAAGCAAACAAAAAAAAAGUGCAAACGAAAUCCCCUACCACAGCAAACAACAAAAACAACAUGGUAGUGCCCACGAUGGAUAGCCUACCGCGAGUACCUGACACCCACGGGGACACCGUGGACGAAAAAGUUUUCUCCGACCUCUACAUUAGGACUAGCUGGUUCGAUGCGUCGAUUGCGCUGGAUCAAAUCGAAAAGGGCAAAGCGCGGGGGAGGCGGUCAGCGGUCUAUAUGCGAUCCCUGUUCCAGUCCCAUCUUUUCAACCUCGGCUGUUCGAUACAGAAACACGCGGGUAAAGUAUUAUUCGUGGCAAUACUAGUUAUAUGCACAUUCUGCGUGGGCCUCAAAUCUGCAACGGUACAUUCGAAAGUGCACCAGCUGUGGAUACAGGAAGGCGGAACGUUAGAACACGAACUGGCCUACACGCAGAAAUCGCUCGGCGAAAUGGACUCCUCGACGCAUCAACUGCUGAUACAGACGCCGAAAGAUAUGGAAGCUUCCAUCUUGCAUCCGAACUCUUUGCUGACGCAUCUUGAAGUGGUCAAACAGGCCAUAUCGGUCCGGGUGCACUUGUACGACAUCGAGUGGAGCUUGAAAGAUAUGUGCUACUCGCCGAACAUCCCGAACUUCGAUACGCAUUUCAUCGAGCAGAUCUUCGAGAACAUCAUUCCCUGUGCGAUCAUCACGCCACUGGACUGCUUCUGGGAGGGUAGCAAGCUGCUCGGACCGGAGUAUCCCGUUGUCAUACCACAUCUGGUGAACAAAGUUCAGUGGACUUCCUUGAACCCACAGAAUCUGUUGAAGGACAUCAAAGCACAAAACUACCAGUUUCCUUUCGACACAUUGGAACAGUACAUGAAGCGAGCUGGAAUCGGAACCGGAUACACCGAAAAACCUUGUCUUAACCCCAAGGACAAGCAGUGUCCGGAGACGGCCCCGAACAAGCUGACUCAGCAGAUUCCGGAUGUGGCGUCCAGCCUUACCGGCGGUUGCUAUGGAUUCGCUGCCAAGUAUAUGCACUGGCCGGAAGAGCUGAUCGUCGGUGGUGCAACACGAAACCGAUCGCAGCAUCUGAGAACGGCCAAGGCACUGCAAACCGUCAUCCAGCUGAUGGGUGAACGGGAAAUGUACGAAUACUGGAAUAACCACUACAAGGUGCACCACAUCGGCUGGAACCCGCAGAAGGCUGCCGAAAUAUUGAACGCUUGGCAGAAGAAGUUCUCCGCUGAGGUCAAUAAGAUCAUGCAGACGGAGGUUAAGCCAUUGUCUUACUACGAAGUGUACGCCUUUUCAUCGGCAGCCUUGGAUGAUAUUCUGGGUAAAUAUUCCAAUCCGAAUCCUGUCAGUUUGGGAAUUGGCGUUGCAGUUAUUCUCAUCUACGCUGCGUUGACUUUACUGAGAUGUAAAGAUCCCGUGAACGGACAAAGCGGCGUGGGAGUGGCAGGAGUUCUACUAAUUAGUAUUACGACCGCGGCUGGUCUUGGCUUUUGUGCCCUGUUGGGCAUUGCAUUUAACGCAUCUACGACUCAGGUGAUCCCGUUCAUUGCACUGGGUUUGGGGGUUGAUCACAUUUUUAUUUUGACUCACGCCUAUGCGGAACGCGAUACCAACGAACAAACCGGACAGGUUCUUAAGAAAGCAGGAUUAAGCAUUCUAUUCAGUGGUGCUUCCACUGCUGCAUCGUUCUUCGCGGCUGCCUUGAUUCCUGUUCCAGCUCUGCGAGUGUUUUGCUUCCAAGGAGCUGUCCUUUUGGUUUUCAACCUCGCUGCUGUGCUUCUCGUAUUCCCUGCGAUGGUUUCACUAGAUCUGCGACGAAGACGAGCUGGCCGAGCGGACAUUUUGUGCUGCUGCCUGCCAACGCUACCGACCAAUCAUCAAGAUGUGAAACAGCGUCAACCGACGCAAGAUGAUUCGCUAAUCGACUGUCCAGCCAAAGCGUGCUUCAGUUUCUCCAUCUCAAAAUUCGCUGUAAAACAUUAUGCGCCGUUUAUAACCAAGAGCUCGGUUAAGGUUCUGGCUAUGUUGCUACUCACCAGUGUCCUGGGAGUGUCUCUAUUCGCUUCGAUGAAGCUUCCGGAUGGACUCGAGCUGACCGAUUUGGUUCCGCAGAAUACCAACGAGCACAAGUUCUUGAGUGUGCAGGGAAAAUUAUUUGGCUUCUACAGUAUGUUCGCCGUUACGCAGGGAGACUUCGAAUAUCCGACCAAUCAAAAACUGCUGCACGAGUAUCACGAAGCGUUCGUCCGGGUGUCGCACGUAAUCAAGAACGAUAACGGUGGACUGCCCGAUUUCUGGCUCAGUCUGUUCCGCGACUGGUUGAUCAACCUUCAGAAGGCAUUCGAUCGAGAUUAUCGAGAGGGACGGAUCACGCAGGAGCGCUGGUUUCCGAAUGCGAGUGACGACGCAAUUCUCGCGUAUAAACUGCUGGUGCAAACCGGUCACGUGGACAAUCCGAUAGACAAAAGCCUGGUGACGCAGGUACGGCUGGUGGAUUCCGAGGGGGUCAUCAACCCGAGAGCAUUCUACAACUAUCUGUCGGCUUGGGCCUGGAACGAUGGCUUGGCUUAUGGUGCAUCACAGGGAAAUUUGCGCCCCGAACCUCGUGAAUGGUUCCACUCGCCGAGUGACUUCGAGUUGAAGAUUCCCAAGAGUGCUCCUCUGACCUACACGCAGUUGCCAUUCUAUCUGCACGGACUGAGCGAUACGCAGGACAUCAAAGAGAUGAUUGGACAGAUUCGUGAUUUAAGCCGAAAGUUCGAGGCUCGCGGAUUACCCAACUAUCCCUCCGGUAUUCCAUUCCUGUUCUGGGAACAGUACAUGAAUCUACGACCGUGUCUGCUGAAGGCUAUCGGGUGUGCUCUAGCUGCGGCAUUUUGUCUCGUAGCACUUCUGCUAUUCUCCAUUUGGGCUUCCGUUCUGAUUGUCUUCAGCAUUGUGACCAUGUUGAUCCAGGUGCUGGGAGUAAUGAUCCUGCUCGGCAUCAACUUGUCUGCCAUUCCGGCCGUCAUACUGAUAGCGAGCGUCGGUUCUGGUGUUUGCUAUACCGUACAUGUUUCACUGGGCUUCAUCACUGCAAUCGGCAAUCGCGACCGUCGAGUCAAACUGGCCCUGGAACACUCGCUAGCGCCGGUGAUCCAUGCCGCCAUGACAUCGGUUCUUGCCGUUCUGAUGCUGUCCACUUCGUCCUUCGAAUUUGUCGUGCGGCACUUCUUCUGGUUGCUGCUCUCGGUACUGGUAAUUGGAGCCAUUAAUGGGCUGUUUUUCUUCCCAAUCCUACUAAGCCUAGUGGGUCCGGGAGCGGAAAUCAUCCCGCUUCAGUACGCGAACCGCAUUUCAACGCCAUCGCCUCCACCGAAGCGAAACAACAAGAUAUCGAACAAACCGUACAUCCUGAACAACAAGCGCUCCUCGUCGUCUUCGUCGUCGAGGAACUGCUCCAAAUCGCACCACCAUCACAAGCACAACAACGUCAACCUGAACAACGAACCCUCGCUGACCACGAUCACCGAGGAGCCGCAGUCCUGGAAAAGCUCCGCUUCGUCCAUUCCUUCGAUUCACGAAUCGAAGAGCAACCUCGGAGCCAUGAACUACUCCAAUCAGGCACCGGAGCUGCAAAGUAUUGUCCUGCAACCGGAAGUGACUGUCGAAACGCAUCAUCAUGGUGGCGACCAUCAGAACACGAAGGUUACCGCCACUGCCAACAUCAAGGUCGAACUGGUAACGCCAGGGCGGGGCGCACCCCGGAUGGUACGAACGAGCAGCACCAGCAGCAGUAGCGGGAAUAGCAGCAGCUAACUAUGUUCCCAGCCGCGAAUGCGUCCGACGGAAUGACCGUCCAAGCGAGUAGCUUUAGAGAACGUCCGCUAGCGCGCGUUCGUUCGUUCGUACGUUUGUAAAUAGGCCAAUUCCUUGAUUUUAUUUUGCUAGCUUUGUUUAGCGUAACCGUAACGAUUAUUUAUUUGUUUUUCCUCCUCCAAAAGAAGAAAGUAUUAUUUUUACCUUUUAUAUUAUAAAGUAGCGAAUGUCUAUUGAAUUUUCUGAAUAUCUAUUUUUCCUCAAAAAUCAAACAAUGACAAAAGGCAGCGUGGUAGAAGAGAAAAAAAAGCAGAAUGUGUAUUUUUAGUCGUAGGGGCCCAGCAGUGGCCCACCCGACGUUGUAUAGCAACCCUAAAACUUGUUCCUGCAUCGCGAAUGUUUGUAAUAUUCGACUCAAUAGAAAUGAGCAGAUCCUGACGAACUGAUUAAACUAUAUUAGGAUAGUAGAGAGCAACACUGUAGCCCGUAAGACUCUGUAUCUUCUGCAGUAUAAAACCAGGGAGUUGAGAUGGUAUAGCUUUUAUGAAACAAAAAUACUUGUAGGUUAGGUUCCCCCCUGUAUAUUAUAUUAUUCGAUUGCGGGUUUGAGAGACGAUGAUGAUGCAUGCUUUAAGGCCAAAUAUUUUCAGUUUUACAACGAAAUUUAUAAACGUAAAUUUCCCUAACUUAUUAUGUAAAUAACGGAACAGACAGACUUAAGUGCAGUACAUCUGCGAUGCAUAUAAUUCCAGAAAUCGAGGUGAGGCAAUCCUUACCGCACGAGUAAAUCAAAGAAGAUCGCGUACUUAACAACAAACCGCCCCCUUAUAGUAACGUUUGAACACAAUAAACCACAACAUUUACACAUGUAUGUAUACCGAAAAUAAACUAAAGACAGAAACCAAACGCAUUUCAUCAGUAAGAUCUGACAAGUUAAUGAAUCUGAAUAUUUGGCUUUUCUCUCAAAAUUGAUCGUAAAAUACUAACAAAAAAAAACUAUUUACUAUACUGUUAAUAAUAACACCUGUACAAUUUAGAUUUUUUUUUCUUUUGAUUGAGAAUGUUACCAAUUUUGUAAGCGUUUGAGCAAGUUAUCAAACAUGGAAAGCACAGAACAGAAAAACGAAAACGAAAAAAAAACAAUCUGUUAAAGAAGAGAGUGAAAACUUAUUCGUUGUCGGUGCAGGCUGCUAUACGGAAGCAAAAACAAAGUUGAAAAGCUACACAGCUACAAUAUUCUUCUAUGUUAUCGAUGUAAAAGUGAAUAAACAUUACUUUAAAAACUAUUUAUUUAUUUUUCGUACGACGGGCACCAGCCGGGGGAUGCGGCGUGAACCCAACCGCGUGCUUUAAUUUAAAUUAUAUUAUUUUUCGCAUAGUAGAGAACUUGAAGAAGACAGGAAACCGCGCAAGUGGCAAGCGAAGGAAAGUACAAGCACAACCGAAAAGAAUGAUAUUCGCUGUAAUUAUUAUAUAUAUUUGUAUGUAGUUCCAAUUGCUGCUACCGACCGAAGUGUGCACACUACCGCUGGAGGGAGAGAGCAGAAUUGUGAAUGUUGUUUAAAUCGAGAGACAGUGAAAAAAAGCGAUGUAUAAUAGGUAGAAGCAAAAAUCUUAACGAGUCUAGUAGGUUAUAAUAUUGGAUUUUUUAUUCAGUGAAAUGUGUUUCCAAAUAAGUCGAGCAAAUG